AAUAAUUUGUUGGGCGACGUAAUCAUCUCGAACUGUAUCUCUUUUACAAAUAAUGUAGAGUAUCUUCUAUUGUAUUAACAUGCGUGAAUUCUUGAAUUAGCAACAAUAAUAUGUAGGAUCUACUCGUAGCAUGCAGGAACUGAUACGUCUUCAGCAACGGUGGAAUGAGCCAUGGCAGAAUUAAUACGCAACCCUCAUAAAAUGAUCAAGCUCAGAAUCGAGAUCAAGAGUUUCAUGUCGGAAAAUGGGAAGCAGCAAGUUCAAAAAUCAGACAUCCCGCUUCUGCCAUAUCUUCAAGCAGUGGUGAAAGAAACAUUCGGGCUACACCCCGCAGCCCCUUUCCUACUACCCCAUCAAGCCAGUUCUCAUAUGGAAAUAAAUGGCUGCAUCGUACCAGGAAAUGCUCAGAUUCUGAUCAAUGUGUUGGCGAGUGGCAGAGAUUCAAGAAUAUGGAAGAAUCCACAUGAGUUCUUGCCUGAGAGAUUCUUGAAUGAGAAUGAGGGCGUAGAUUUUAAGGGCCGAGAUUUUGAGCUGAUUCCGUUUAGCGCAGGGAGAAGAAUUUGUCCCGGAUUGCCAUUGGCGGGUCGGAUGGUACAUCAGAUGUUGGUGACAUUAGUUGGAAACUACGAGUGGAAAUUGGAAAAUAUGAAGCCAGAAGAAAAGAAAUUUGGAAUUACUCUUCAAAAGGCAAUGCCUCUCAAAGAAAUUCCUACCAAAUUGUGAGCAGGGGCGGAUCGAGACUUUUGGAAUAGGGGUGCGAAUUUUAUAAUAAAAUAAAUACAUACCAUAUUAAGAAUUAAAUGAUAUUAAAAUAAUAUAUCUAAAAAAUAAUGUUCAAGUUUAA